CUGAGGGAUGACAUCGCUGCCUGUUGGCGUGGUCCUCUGCCUAACAGGCUGGAUCACUCUCUACACCCUACUGUGUAACACCAAUGGAAGCCGUGGCUCUGAGUGGAACUGUAGGCUGGUCACACUGCUCCAUGGCAUCCUGGCGGUCUGCAUAACAGCAUACAUAGGCUAUGUGGAUGGACCUUGGCCCUUCACACAUCCAGGUAAGAUGCUCACUAUCUAAUUGCACUGAAACAGUGUAAUCGUUUCCAUGUAGAGUGCUGCUUCUAUACAACCUUUCUCUAAAGGUGGUUAAGUUGGUAUAGUCAUUCCAAGUCAUUUCAGCAAGCCAUGACAUCAUCAUCUCAUAUUGUUCUGAAAUCGUUUCUGUAGUUAGACACAGGUAAGAUUAAAAUUUUGGCACAAAAAAAAUUGUUUACAUAUAAUUUUAUCUGUGAGAAAUUAAGCUAAUUGAUUGCACCCAAAUUGGCUAUUUUAAUUUAUAGGCUUCAUAUAAUAUUCAAUAAAUGUAGUACCUUACAUCCGAUUUGGACCAAAGUUUUUUUCUAACAAUGAGUAAGACAUUAGGAAUCCAAGAAAUGGUCAAAAGCCACCCACGGACCCCCACACCCCACACCAAUCCCAACCCAACAACGAGUAUAGAGUAUCAGUUCUCUAUGUCUGACAAGUAGUAUGGAGCUUCGGCUCAGAGUAUUGUUUCUUCAUCUAAUGUAAUGUAUCUCAGUGAUUUUUUUUUUUUUGUUAAUAUUUUUUUCUGUUCAGAGAAAUUGGUCAUUUUAAGUUGCUUGGUUUAUGUCCCAUCCUACAUCCUGAUACCAGGUUCUGACCACUAGAUGGUACUGUUCCAGGACUAUAUAAAUACAGUGCCUUGCAAAAGUAUUCAGCCCCCUUGGCGUUUUUCCUAUUUUGUUGCAUUAUGACCUGUAAUUUCAAUGGUUUUAUCUAUUUGGAUUUCAUGCAUUGGACAAUCACAAACUAGUCCAAAUUCGUGAAGUGAAAUGAAAAAAAGUACUUGUUUCAAAAAAUUCAAAAGAUAAAUAACAGAAAAGUGGUGCGUGCAUAUCUAUUCACCCCCUUUGCUAUGAAGCUCCUAAAUAAGAUCUGGGAACAACCAAUUACCUUCAGAAAUUAGUUAAAUAAAGUCCACCUGUGUGCAAUCUAAGUGUCACAUGAUCUCAGUAUAUAUACACCUGUUCUGAAAGGCCCCAGAGUCUGCAACACCACUAAGCAAGGGGCACCACCAAGCAAGCGGCACCAUGAAGACCAAGAAGCUCUCCAAACAGGUCAGGGACAAAGUUGUGGAGAAGUACAGAUCAGGGUUGGGUUAUAAAAAAAAUAUCAGAAACUUUGAACAUCCCACGGAGCACCAUUAAAGCCAUUAUUCAAAAAUGGAAAGAAUAUGGCACCACAACAAACCUGCCAAGAGAGGGCCGCCCACCAAAACUCAUGGACCAGGCAAGGAGGGCAUUAAUCAGAGAGGCAACAAAGAGACCAAAGAUAACCCUGAAGGAGCUGCAAAGCUCCACAGCGGAGAUUGAAGUAUCUGUCCAUAGGACCACUUUAAGCCGUACACUCCACAGAGCUGGGCUUUAUGGAAGAGUGGUCAGAAAAAAGCCAUUGCUUAAAGAAAAAAAUAGUGUUUGCCAAAAGGCAUGUGUGAGACUCCCCAAACAUAUGGAAGAAGGUACUCUGGUCAGAUGAGACUAAAAUUGAGCUUUUUGGCCAUCAAGGAAAACUCUAUGUCUGGCGCAAAACCCAACACCUUUCAUCACCCUGAGAACACCAUCCCCACAGUGAAGCAUGGUGGUGGCAGCAUCAUGCUGUGGGGAUGUUUUUCCUGCGGCAGGGACUGGUAAACUGGUCAGAAUUGAAGGAAUGAUGGAUGGCGCUAAAUACAGGGAAAUUCUUGAAGGAAACCUGUUUGUCUUCCAGAGAUAUGAGACUGGGACGGAGGUUCACCUUCCAGCAGGACAAUGACCCUAAGCAUACUGCUAAAGCAACACUCAAGUGGUUUAAGGGGAAACAUUGAAAUGUCUUGGAAUGGCCUAGUCAAAGCCCAGACCUCAAUCCAAUAAUUGAGAAUCUGUGGUAUGACUUAAAGAUUGCUGUACACCAGCGGAACCCAUCCAACUUUAAGGAGCUGGAGCAGUUUUGCCUUGAAGAAUGGGAAAAGCUCCCAGUGGCUAGAUGUGCCAAGCUUAUAGAGACAUACCCCAAGAGACUUGCAGCUGUAAUUGCUGCAAAAGGUGGCUCUACAAAGUAUUGACAUUGGGGGGGUGAAUAGUUAUGCACGCUCAAGUGUUCUGUUUUUUUUGUCUUAUUUCUUGUUUGAAUCACAAUAGAAAAAAAUUUGCAUCUUCAAAGUGGUAGGCAUGUUGUGUAAAUCAAAUGAUACAAACCCCCAAAAAAUCAAUUUUAAGUGCAGGUUGUAAGGCAACAAAAUAAGGAAAAUGCCAAGGGGGGUGAAUACUUUCGCAAGCCACUGUACUUAUGGUAAUAUACUAAUUGUAAUGUACACUCAGUGUACAAAACAUUAGGAACACCUUCCUAAUAUUGAGUUGCACCUCCUUUUGCCCUCAGAACAGCCUCAAUUCGUUGGGGCAUGGACUCUAAAAUGUGUCGAAAGCGUUCCACAGGGAUGCUGGCCCACGUUGACUCCAAUGCUUCCCACAGUUGUGUCAAGUUGGCUGGAUGUCCUUUGGCUGGUGGACAAUCCUGGAUGCACACAGGAAACUGUUCCACGCGAAAAACCCAGCAGCGUUGCAGUUCUUUACACACUCAAACCGCCAGGCACCUACUACCAUACCCCGUUCAAAGGCACUUAAAUCCUUUCUUUCCAUGUCUCAAUUAGUUCAAGGCUUAUUGACAUCAAUAAGGGAUCAUAGUUUUUACCUGGAUUCACCUGGUCAGUCUUUUUCAUGGAACACAGUGUAUACAUGUAAACGGGAGAAAUAGUGACCAGUAACAGGAAAAAUACUAAUAGUAAUGGCAAUCAAUAAUCAAUGGACAGCUGCGUAAUGGAGUAAUAAAUCGAAUCAAUAAUAAUUUUAGCAGCAGCGUAGGUUGUGUCUGAGUUGUUAGAGACCUGUGGAUGGGCAUAGAUAGAGUCAGUGUGGAUAGUCAGUGGGAGAGGGAGAGCAGUAGUUGUUAGCCAUUUAAGAGUCUUAUGGCCAGGGGAUAGAAGCUGUUUAGGAGUCUGUUGUUCUGAGCCUUGACGCACCGGUACAGCCUGCUGGACGGGAGCAUGGAGAACAGUCCAUGUCUCGGACGGCUAAAGUCUUUGGCAGUAUUUUGACCCUUUCUCAGACACCGGCAGGAACGUCCACAACUACCUCUGUAGGGCCUUCCGGUCGCGGGUGGGGCAGUUGCCAUACCAGAGAGUGAUACAACCAGUCAGGAUGCUCUCAAUGGUGCAGCUGUUAAAGUUCCUGAGGAUCUGAGGGGUAUGCCAAAUCAUUUCAACCUCCCAAGGGAUAAGAGGCGUUGCCGUGCCUUCUUCACGACUGUUCUGGUGUGAGAGGACCAUGUUAAGUCCUUAGUGAUGUGAACACCGAGGAACUUGAAGCUCUUGACCUCACCCCUGUUUCCUGUAGUCCAUGAUCAGCUCCUUGGUCUUACUGACAUUGAGGGAGAGGUUUGUUGUCCUGGCAACACACUGGCAGUUCUCUGACCUUUUUCCUGUAGGCUUUCUCAUCUCCGUUGGUGAUCAGGCCUACAACCGUUGUGUCGUCAGCAAACUUGAUGAUGGAGUUGAUGAUGUGCGUGGCCACACAUUCGUGGAUAAACAUAGAAUACAGGAGGGGGCUAAGCACAUACCCCUAGGGGGCCCCUGUGUUCAUAGUCAGCUUGGCGGUGGUGUUGUUGCCUACUCUAACCAUCUGGGGUUGGCCCGUCAGGAAGUCCAGGAUCCAGUUGCAGAGGGAGAUGUUCAGUCCCAGGGUCCCUAGCUUGGUGACGAGCUUGGAGGGCACUAUGGUGUUGAAUGCUGAGCUGUAGUCAAUGAACAACAUUCUGAAAUAGGGAUUCCUCUUUUCCAGGUAGGAGAAGGCAGUGUGGAGUGCAAUUGAGAUUGCGUUGUCUGUAAAUCUGUUGGGGUGGUAUGCAAAUUGGAUUGGGACUUGGAUGAUGGAGGUGAUAUUUACCAUGACCAGCCUUUCAAAGCACUUCAUGAUUACAGAUGUUAGUGCUACAGGUCAGUACUCAUUGUGGCAGGUAGCCUUAGAGUUAUUGGGAACGGGAAUGAUGGUGGUCAGCUUGAGACGUGGGGAUUACAGACUGGGACAAGGAGAGGUUGAAAAUCACCGUGAAGAUGCCUGCGAGCUGGUCUGCGCAUGCUCUGAGAACGGCCUUGCGAAUGUUGACCAGAUUAAAAACCUUAUUCAAGUCGGCCUUGGAGAGCAAGAUCACCCAUUCCUCUGUGACAGUGAGGGCGCUCGUGCACAGCUCUGUGUUGUUUUGUCGAAGCGUGCAUAAAAUGUAUUGAGUUCUGUAUAGGCGCGAGUCUCAUGCCCAGACUUUGCUACAUAUUUAAGCAGGAGUCUCGACGCCGAAGCUCUACGGAUCAGAGCUGAUGCUCAGUGUUGUUAGCUAUUCUCUUGAAGCCGACACCGAGGCACCAGCUUGAAGCAUCGAAGCAGACAAUGAGGCACACCAAGACACAAAGCUAUUUAGCAUAUUUUUUAUUAUUGCAACUUUUUCUUGGAACACACUUCUCUUGUGGAUACAAUUGGGUGAAAAUCCGUUCCUUGCACACAGAUUCAGUGCUGUACUCAGGAUGUCAUUCCACCCUUGUCAACAAUGUGAGAAACAACUACCAGCCUCAGAUGAGCACACUCUUUGCAUUCUUUGCUUGGGAGCUGAACAUGCUCAAGCGGCUGCACAGAGUAGCAGCUGUUGUACUCACUGUCAGAAAUUCAAACCGAGAGCAUUGAAAUCUCGACUUUAGAGCUUUGUGGACGGAACCUCCGGACUGUCAUCAGAUGAAUCUGCCACACAGAUCAUUGAUCAUAGACCUUCCUCUGCAGAUCAUUCCAAACGCUCCAGGUCAAAUGACAGUUCUCACUCCCCACGUGAUCCACCGCCCAAUUAACGACAUCGCUCAUCCUCACCUGGGCACAAAUUUCACCGCACUGAGGUGCACAAGGAGAUUAUGUCACUGGGCAGUCGCAUGGCAACCAUUGAGUCCAUCCUUGAGCACAUCCUGGCCAGAUUUCCUUUGCCGGUACCAAACUCAACCCCUACCUCUGAACAGAGUGUGGUUGUUGAAUCGGAUGACACUGAUGUACUGUCCACAAGAGCUUCCCACUCUUAUGCCACAGACUAUGAUCACUCUGAUGGUAUGCACCCUGGCUCUAGCAUCAUCCAGUCCCAGCCUGUUGGCCUGGCACUAGCAACGCUCAUUGCUACUGCCAUUUUACUCAGGAGUGGCUUCCGUCACCGUCUGGCCACAAAAAGGCCUGAUCUGUGCCUCAACACAAUCCUGUCUCGGAGCUCUACGGACAAUUCCUUCGACCUCAUGGCUUGGUUUUUGCUCUGACAUGCACUGUCAACUGUGGGACCUUGUAUAUACAGGUGUGUGCCUUUCCAAAUCAUGUCCAAUCAAGUUGUAGAAACAUCUCAAGGAUGAUCAAUGGAAACAGGAUGCACUUGAGCUCAAUUUCGAGUCUCAUAGCAAAGGGUCUCACAGUUCAGACCAAGAGCUGCCUAACAAACGAUGCAGGGCAUCUGAUCGCUUCCUACGCAGUACACAUGACAGCACCGCUUCUAUCAGAAGUAGCUGCAAUGCUCAGAACUUUGGCCACACUGUGUGUUGCACAGCGCCAUCUAUGGUUAGCACACUCCAAGCUCCCUGACAAAGAGAAAGUUCCACUCUUAGGUAUACCCAUAUCACCUGGCCAGACAUUUGGCCCAGCAGCGGCCCACCUCCAAGUGUCUAAGGAGGACAGAGAAGCACAGACGGACCUUCAGCGCCUCAUUCCAAAGCCAAGAAUGUGUCAGCCAGCAAACCAUUUCUCCUGUCCCAGGCCCCCAACUGUGAUGCCAAAAACCAGGCUCAGAUAGGCUGCACCUGCUCAUAAGUAGAGGAACAGACACUCUGUCCUACCGAAGAGGUGGAGUGCCUUAUCGCCCUCGGAAGAGGCAGAGAUGCACCACAUGCAGGCCACUUACCCUCUGCACCACAGCACACAGAGCCUUGGUCCUGAUGGGACCGACUCUCUAGCGCAACACUGUUUCCUUGAUCACCACCAGGCUGACAAAGGUCAAUGGCCAACAAAUGGGUGUUACGCACAGUGACAUAAGGCUACGCUUAGGCCCGCUUCAGGGGUGUCUUGAAAACAACAGUUCAUAAUCCUGCUCAAAAGCCAACACUCUGCUCAGAAACCUCUACACAAAGACUAUAUUCCUACAAGUGGAACGUGUUCAGGAAGUGUUGUAUUGCCCAUGCAGAAUCGCCAUCUUCCUGCCCAAUUUCUGACAUUUUGACUUUUCUCCAGAAGCUUAUUUCUGCAGGGAAGUCGCCAUCUACAUUGAAUGUGUGUAUGACAGCCUCCCAACUUCUCACAGGAGAGUCGUGAGUUGCAUACACUUUGCACGGUUAGGGCAUUGAGUACCUGUCUUGCUGCAACAAUAACUAUUUAUCAAACAGAACAGCUUUUUGUGUGUUAUGGGGAGAACACCAAAGGUUGCGCUGUCUCGAAAAGCAGAGACUGGCAUAUUGGAUUACCAAUGCAGUGUCAAUCAUACGUUGCAGCAGGUAGACCAACUCCAGGUGGCAUGGUAUCACACUCCACCAGGGGUUUGGCCACCUCAAGGGCCCUGUUCAGAGGGGCCUCCCUGGAAUCAACACCCAUGACUUUCAUGAGGUACUACAGACUCAAUGUUAUGUCCACACCAGCAGUGGGGUCUGUGGUUCUGGACACGGCACACUCUCUCAACCCAGAUAAGUGAGCGUACUGUGAACCUUGUACAUACUUUUCAACCAUCAGUGAGAUGGGUGCUCUUACAGUGGGCUUGUUACACCUAAUUGAAGCCUCUCGUGUUUUAAGUUUCAGCUUGUGUGUGUUUACAGUUGUAUACUACAGUUGACAUUUAAUCCACCCUGUUUAAUCCAUCCAUAUUCUGUUGCAUCCUGUGGUGCAGGAUUUCACAACCCUGUCCUCGGGCCCCCCCAGAUGUUUGACAUUUUUGUUUGAACCCUAAAUCCUUUGACUAAUUGAAUCAGGUGUGGCAGUUUAGGGUUAAAACAAAAAUGUGAAAUGUCUGGGCCUGAGGAGAGGUUUGGGAAACCCUGCUGUGGUGGAUACAAGGACUUCCCAGGGACUCAUCUGGACUAAGGUUUAAUGGUGAGGUAUCCCACUCUGUUGCCUGAACCACCUGUUUGGUACAGCAACCCCUUUACGAAAGCGAAAGAGAACGUUACAGAUUUAGCCCUGGUUCUCUGAGUAGAGUAACGGAUCACCAAGCUUUCAUGUCGUUCCUCCGCCUCCGUGGAAUUCAAGUGAAGUAAUUGACAGUAUGUCACGUCACAUCACCUUUUAUAGUGACAAGUCACGUGGAUACAGUAAGGGAGUGGCGUGACUGUAAACAUCUUUGAUAUUAAGCAUCUCAUCGCGUGAGAAGGGGAAGGAGUUCCCAUAGGUCGUUUGGCGACCCUUUAAUCAACUCAGAGAACCAAGGUUACAUCCAUAACCAAAUGUUCUUUAUGUAGAGUUUUCUUGCCUAGUAUACAGUAAUUUGAUGUGUGUAUGACAAUGUUACUAACCAUGAAGAGUGUUUACAAUAACGUUGUGAUCUUGAUUCCAGGCACAAAGAACACCCCCCUUCAGAUCAGUGCUAUGGUCAUUAGCCUGGGCUACUUCAUCUUCGACAUGGGCUGGUGUAUGUACUUCCGCACCGAGGGCCCGGUGAUGCUGGUCCACCACACCAUGAGCAUCCUGGGUAUCUUGUUGACCCUGAGCUUGGGGGAAUCAGGCAUCGAGUCCUGUGCCGUAAUCUUUGCUAGCGAGAUCACCAACCCCCUGCUGCAAGCUCGCUGGUUCCUGAGACAGUUGGGUCGCUAUGAGAGCCUGACAGGGGAGGCGGUCGAUGUUCUGUUUGUAGUGCUAUUUGUGUUCAUGCGCAUAGUGGUUGGCGGGAGGAUGUUGUACUGCGAGCUCAUCUCCCCACUGCCCAGGUUCAUUAUAAAGUGUGGGGGAGUUGCCAUGUAUGUGCUGUCCUGGGUGUUCAUGGUGGACAUUGGUCGUUUCGCCUACCGCAAGAGUCAAUCCAAAUACAGACGCUGGAGAGACCAACACAGACUGGCAACAGUUAACGGACGUGAUAGAAAGACAGACUGAAAGACUUCCUUAUCUUUAGAAGAUUAAUAAAAAUGUCCAAUGUUUAUACUAAUAGACCACCUUUAUUCAUUUAAUGGUUGUGCAUACUGUAAGCAUGGGGUCAAAGUCAAGCCAUUAUUUAGGCCUAUAUGGUUAUUGGGGAAUAUUUGUUGGUAUUUAGCUAACACUUGUAUAUUUUUUUAUUUUACUUUAAUUAAAAACAAGUGC